AGCAAUGGCGCCGCGGGUGCACUCGUCGUCUCCUGCGUCAUCGCCGUCGCCAGCGGCGUGCACCGGCGAGCAGAGGAAGGUGUUCACCGUGUGGAUGAAGUCGCUGGUGCUCAACGGCCACGGCUGCACCGUGUACGACUCCGGCGGCGGCAUCGUCUACCGCGUCGACAACUACGGCUCCAGGUGCAGCGGCAGCGUCUGCCUCAUGGACCUCGACGGCGCGGUCGUCCUGAACGUUGUCAAAAAGAAGUUAGCAGUUGGCAGGUGGGAGGGUUACAAGUGGCGUGGCCAGAGGCAGGAGACGCGGCCAUGGUUCACGGUGACACGCCCGGUCAGACCGUUCCGCGGGUGGAGCCACGGCCGCCCGGUGUCGUCGUCGUCGUGCGAGUUCCGGUGCGACAGCACCGGCCGCGUCACGCGGUACACGAUCGCCGACGAGUGCCGCGCCGGGAGCGGGAAGCAGGGGUGCAGCAUCGUCGACGAGGCGACCGGGCUCGUCAUCGCGGAGGUGAAGAGGAAGGUGACGGCGAGCGGGGUGGCGCUAGGAGAAGACGUGCUCUCCCUGGUGGUGCAGCCUGGUACUGACCUCGCGCUCGUCGUGGGGCUAGUACUGCUCGUGUGCGGCCUCAUGAACCGAAGCAUGUGAAGCGGAGCGGCCAGGCUUUGUCCGUGUCGACUGCCACGUGGUUCAUGGAUUUUGACCCCUUGUAUAGUUGAUGAGUCCGUGAAAACGUUGUACAUGUCACCGCCAAGAAGAAUCUCGGAGCUUUUGAGCCCGGUUCAUGAACGCCAUCACCUGGCUGUCCAAAACUCCUUUGAUCUCCAUGAGCACUUGUUGCAGGGUUCGCAAU